GUUGAAAGUUCUUCCUGACUCUCAGUAACACCAACUGUGCCAGAUGGCAGGCUGCCUGGUGUGGGGCUUUGAGACUCUGCAGAACCCUGCUUUAUUUGGGUCACCCCACCUGCCGUGGCUGCCCUGUGCCCUGGUUUGGCGUUCUGAGAUCUGAGAGGCUGACAGUGGCCACUGGAGGCCUGGGGGUGCUGGGUUGGUGGAGUCAGGCUGUGCAGAAGGUUCCCCCACCCACCUUGCUGCAGGUCCCUUCUCUGAGGCUGGGAGAAAGACCAGCCGUGCUUGCUUGGGGCAGAGGUGUACUGCACACCUAUGAGUGUCAGACUCAUGCCUGGGCCCACUGAGUCCUCCCCCUGUGAGCUGGGGACACCUCCUGCCCUCCCUCCCAGGCUGUUGUCACCCAGCCCCUGGCCGGGGUGUCCUUCGCCCCACAAAUGCCUUCAGGUGUGAGCAGUGGCCCUGGGACUCUGGCCUGCGUCUGUCUGUGGGCUGUGACGGGAGGCGCUUGCUGAAUGAUGGCCGUACCGAGCUCUCAGGCCUCCUGUGUCUGUCUUUCAUUUGUUUUUUUCUUCGCAGUGCUGAAGGUUGAGCCCAGGGGAUUUCUGCUCCUGAGCUAGAGCCCAGUUCUUUUUAACUUUUGAGACAAAUUCUUUGUUAGUGAGAUUCCUCAUAGUCCUCAAAGUUGCAGCCCUCCUGUCUCAGCCUCCUACCACCAUGCCUAAUGAGCUGUUUCUUUUACAGAUGAGACUCAGGCUCAGAACCCUGGCCCUUGGUGGGGGCUGGGCUCUGCAGCCUGGUACCCAUGUCCCUCUCCAUGGCCGCGCGUCUGCAUCCUGAGCUUCUCUGUCCUCAUUCACCAGCUUCCUGGGUCCUCUUGUCCUGGGAUUGCCCAUCAUUCAUGGGGCCCAGGAUGGGGAGAUGCACAGUCCUGGGCCCCACCCUACCCUUGUGCCUCUGUUCCCCCAGAAUCAGAGCCGGAGAGGCCUGCACCGUGGGCGUGAGUCUUCUGAAUGGUGGUUUGUCCACAGUGUUGCCUGGGUGUCUUGCUGGUCCCUGGUUGGUUCUACCGAACUCACCCAAUUCAGGAGCCGAGUCUGCUGAGGAUAAUGGUCCUGCCAUGCGCUAGUGACCUGCAGGUGCUGCCUGGUCAGGCCCGGACAUGGAAGCCCGAGCCUCCUCCGGGAGCACAGGAGACUCCCGGGCCUCUGUAAGCCGUGGCCGUGCCAGCCAGUGAGCAGCUGCUGGAGGAUGUCCACGGCAGCGGCCGCCCCUGUGGGCGCCCUGGCAGCUCCAGGCCCCAUGAACCCGCCCCCACCUGAGGUGUCCGACCCUGGCAAGCCCGGCCGCAAGACCAACCAGCUGCAGUACAUGCAGAACGCGGUGGUGAAGACGCUGUGGAGGCACCAAUUUGCCUGGCCCUUCUACCAGCCCGUGGACGCCGUCAAGCUGAACCUGCCCGAUUAUCAUAAAAUAAUAAAAAACCCAAUGGAUAUGGGGACUAUUAAAAAAAGACUAGAAAAUAACUAUUAUUGGAGCGCGAGUGAAUGUAUGCAGGACUUCAACACCAUGUUUACAAAUUGUUAUAUUUAUAACAAGCCCACAGAUGAUAUAGUGCUAAUGGCCCAAGCCUUAGAGAAAAUCUUUCUGCAGAAAGUGGCCCAGAUGCCCCAGGAGGAAGUAGAAUUGUUACCCCCUGCUCCGAAGGGCAAAGGCCGGAAACCGGCUGCGGGGACGCAGAGUGCAGGUACGCAGCAAGUGGCGGCUGUGUCCUCGUUGUCCCCAGCGGCCCCCUUCCAGAAUGUGCCCCCUACGGUCUCCCAGACGCCUGUCAUUGCUGCCACCCCUGUAUCAACCAUCACCGCCAACAUCACAUCGGUCCCUGUCCCUCCGGCUGCCGCAGCACCUCCUCCCUCGACUCCCGUCGUCCCCGUGGUCCCUCCCACGCCACCCGUUAUCAAGAAGAAGGGCGUGAAGCGGAAAGCAGACACGACGACACCUACCACCUCUGCCAUCACUGCCAGCCGGAGCGAGUCGCCCCUGCCUCUGUCGGACCCUAAGCAGGCCAAGGUGGUGGCCCGGCGGGAGAGCGGGGGCCGUCCCAUCAAGCCCCCCAAGAAGGACCUGGAGGACGGUGAGGUGCCACAGCAUGCAGGCAAGAAGGGCAAGCUCUCGGAACACCUGCGGCACUGCGACAGCAUCCUCAGGGAGAUGUUGUCUAAGAAGCACGCUGCCUAUGCCUGGCCCUUCUAUAAGCCUGUGGACGCCGAGGCACUGGAGCUGCAUGAUUACCAUGACAUCAUCAAGCACCCCAUGGACCUCAGCACUGUCAAAAGGAAGAUGGACAGCCGCGAGUACCCGGACGCACAGGGCUUCGCCGCUGACAUCCGGUUAAUGUUCUCAAACUGUUACAAGUACAAUCCUCCCGACCACGAAGUGGUGGCCAUGGCCAGGAAGCUCCAGGACGUGUUUGAGAUGCGGUUUGCCAAGAUGCCAGAUGAGCCCGUGGAGGCACCUGCACUGCCCGCGCCCGCAGCCCCCGUGGUGAGCAAGGGCACCGAGAGCAGCCGCAGCAGCGAGGAGAGUUCGUCAGACUCCGGCAGCUCAGACUCGGAGGAGGAGCGCGCUACGCGGCUGGCCGAGCUGCAGGAGCAGCUGAAAGCCGUGCACGAGCAGCUGGCCGCCCUGUCUCAGGCCCCAGUGAACAAACCAAAGAAGAAGAAGGAGAAGAAGGAGAAAGAGAAGAAGAAAAAGGACAAGGACAAGGAAAAGGACAAGGAGAAGCACAAGGCCAAGUCUGAGGAGGAGAAGAAGGCCAAGGUGGCCCCACCCGCCAAGCAGGCCCAGCAGAAGAAGGCCCCGGCCAAGAAGGCCAAUAGCACCACGGUGGCCGGCAGACAGUUGAAGAAGGGCGGCAAGCAGGCAUCAGCCUCCUACGACUCCGAGGAGGAGGAGGGCGGCCUGCCUAUGAGCUAUGACGAGAAGAGGCAGCUCAGCCUGGACAUCAACCGGCUGCCGGGGGAGAAACUGGGCCGUGUGGUGCACAUCAUCCAGUCUCGGGAGCCAUCGCUGCGGGACUCCAACCCCGAUGAGAUCGAGAUCGACUUUGAGACCCUGAAGCCCACCACGCUGCGGGAGCUGGAGCGCUACGUCAAGUCGUGCCUGCAGAAGAAGCAGCGGAAGCCCUUCUCAACAAGCGGGAAGAAGCAGGCGGCCAAGUCGAAGGAGGAGCUUGCUCAGGAAAAGAAGAAGGAGCUGGAGAAGCGGCUGCAGGACGUGAGCGGGCAGCUGAACAGCAAGAAGCCCACCAAGAAAGAGAAGGCCAGCUCGGCGCCCUCAGGGGGGCCAUCACGGCUGAGCAGCAGCAGCUCCUCAGAGUCGGGGAGCAGCAGCUCGAGCGGGUCCAGCUCUGACAGCAGUGACUCUGAGUGACCGAGCACGGCCAGAGGACAGAUGGACGUCACACGCUCCGAGGCCGAGUGUCCCCUCCUGUGGUCAAUAUACUCCUUCCGUUCCAUGGUGUGCAGGUUUCCUUUACUUCAGUGUUACGGUGUCUCCGGUUGUGCUCCAGUAGGUCAUGUCUGCCCUUCCUGCCGCACGCUUGCGGUCACUUCCCUGGAGACACAGCCGCGCUGACACCAGAGGACCCUCGGUGCCCGUGCUUGGCCCACCUGCCCUGCCCUGGAGGAGUCCCUCUGACUGGGUGCUCCGCACCGGGAGCCUCUGCCACCUGGGCCGCGUGCCGUGAGCGCCACGGUGGGCGGGAGACGGGUGCCAGGCUCCGCUGCCCACAGUGGUGGCAUUGGGAGCCCUGGGAGGAGCGGAGUGACUGUGGGCCCAGUGUGCAGGUUUCCGAGCACUGAAACUUUUACCUCAACUUAAAAAAAAAAUUUUAAAAACCCACAAAAGGAGACUUUUUCUAAGGUUCAGUGAUUUUCUACAGAGGCCCAGCCCAGUGUGUGUCUACACCUCGUUCGCGCUGCCCUGGCUGCUGCUGCCGCACACCCUGGAACCACUUCCCCAGUUUUAUGUAUAUAUAAAUACUUUAUUUAUUAACAUCAUUGGUCAUUUUUAAAAAAAAAAAAAAAA